AAGCGUGCGUUUGGUUGAGUCAUGAUGAGUGAGCCGUCUGAGAAAAACAAAACAAGAAAAAAGGGAAACAAAAAACAGAUCUGAAGCUUGUUGGGUCUUUUUGUCGCGGCUGAGUCUGUGAGAGGCUGAGAGGCUCUGCACAGUCAAAAGACUCAAAGCUGAUCUACUUUUCUCUCUCUCUCUCAAAAAUUUCUCUCUCUCUCUCGGCUAAGAUAAUUAGAUCCGGCUUUGAUCUACUAGCGCCGCUGAUCCUUCUUUUCCCAGCUCUCAUCUCCCUCCAUUUCUUCUCUCUCUUUCUUUCUUUCUCAGUUUUCUUUGCCCACUUUGUUAUGCUCAGUCUCCUACCACCCAACUCCACCACACACCUCACUUCACCACUUCACGAUUGUGUUUAUUAGCAGUGAGGACUUGAAUUGAGGAAGACCUUUGGUGGGGUUUCCAAUUCGAAUGAAUUUUGGGUGUUGGACUUCUAGACAGGAACAGUGAGUGGGAAGGCAGGGAAUCAAAUGGACUGGUCUGUAACAAAUGCAUUUAAAUCUUUCAAAGAUAUGGAACCCAAAUCUGUGAUGGAUAUGGCACUGCUUCCAAACAUUGAUCCAAUAGAUAUUGGAUUGAGUUCUUCAGAAAAGGGAAAUGCAAAUGCUGUUACUACAGCUAAACCAAGAAAGAAGACAAUGACAUCAGUUUAUCUCAAGUUUUUUGAGACAGCUCCUGAUGGAAAAAGUCGGAGGUGCAAAUUUUGUGGACAGAGCUAUUCUAUUGCGACUGCCACUGGAAAUUUGGGAAGGCACCUGGGUAAUCGGCAUCCAGGAUAUGACAAGUCAGGGGAUGCUGUCAGCAAUUCAGCACCACAGCCCACCACCACUGUAAUCAAGAAAUCUCAACCUCAAGCAAAAGUGUCCAAUGUGGAUUAUGAUCAUCUAAAUUGGUUGCUCAUUAAGUGGCUCAUUGUAGCUUCUCUCCCUCCUUCAACCUUGGAAGAAAAGUGGUUAGUAAAUUCUUAUAAGUUUCUGAACCCAUCAAUACAAAUCUGGCCAGGUGAGAGGUAUAAAGCAGUAUUUCGUGAAGUUUUCAGAAGCAUGCAGGAAGAUGUAAGAGCAUCUUUGGACCAGGUUUCCUCUAAGGUCUCCAUUGCACUUGACUUCUGGACUUCCUACGAACAGAUUUAUUAUAUGAGUGUCACAUGUCAGUGGAUUGAUGAGAACUGGUCUUUCCAAAAAGUGCUGCUUGAUAUCUGUCACAUACCUCAACCUUGUGGGGGUGCCGAGAUUUAUCACUCCCUGGUGAAGGUUCUUAAGAUGUACAAUAUUGAGAAUAGAGUCCUCUCCUGCACCCACGAUAACAGUCAAACUGCUGUGCAUGCCUGCCACACUUUGAAAGAGGACCUUGAUGGUCAGAAAGUGGGUCCCUUUUGUUACAUUCCCUGUGCUGCUCGUACUUUGAACUUGAUCAUAGAUGACGGAUUGAGAACCACAAAACCAGUAAUCUCUAAGAUCCGGGAGUUUUUACUUGAGUUAAAUGCAUCCGGAGAGAUGACUGAAGAUUUUAUUCAAUUAACUACAGCCUAUCAAGAAGGUAGUUGGAAAUUUCCACUAGAUGCUUCAGCAAGGUGGAGUGGCAAUUACCAGAUGCUAGAUAUUGUGCGCAAGGCUAGUAAGUCUAUAGAUGCUGUUAUCAGGAAGAAUGAGGAUAAACUAGGCAAUAGGAUGCUGCUGAACUCCACAGAGAAGAAUGCAGUCAAUAUCGUGCAUCAAUAUUUAGAACCGUUUUACAAAACCACAACUAACAUAUGCACAAGCAAGGUUCCCACAAUUGGACUGGUUCUCUUCUUUAUGGAUCACAUCUCUGAGACGAUUGCUGUCUGCAGAGACUCCCGUCUCAGCCCAGACUGGCUAAAGAAUGCGGCCGAAGACAUGGCCAUAAAGGCUAGAACUUACAAUAACCAGGUUUGCAACAUAUUCACAUACAUGACGGCAAUUCUUGAUCCUCGAAUCAAAGGAGAGCUAAUUUCUGAGAGUCUCAGCUCAGAAAACUAUCUCGAGGAAGCAAGAACGCAUUUCAUGAGAUAUUACUCUACCAGCCAUUUUCCAUCCAUGACUAGUGGAUACAGUGCUCAAGAGAUUGAAGAUGGAGGGAGCGUCUCUUUUGCAGAGGAAAUUGCUCGGAAGAAACGAAGAGCAAGCUUGAGCACUGCCACUGAUGAACUCACUCAGUAUCUGUCUGAGCCUCCAGCUCCAAUACCAACAGAUGUUCUGGAGUGGUGGAAGGUCAAUAGUACACGUUACCCCCGACUUUCUGUGAUGGCUCGAGAUUUCUUGGCUGUGCAGGCGACUUCAGUAGCACCUGAAGAAUUGUUUUGCAGCAAAGCUGAUGAGAUAGAUAAGCAAAGAUUGUGUAUGCCACAUGAUAGCACACAAGCUCUCCUUUGUAUCAGGUCAUGGACUCAGGGUGGGAUCAAGUUAAAGUUCAGGUCGACUGAGAUAGACUAUGAGAGGUUGAUGGAAUUGGCAACUUCCGCUGCAGCAGAUAAUAGUACUGCUGGUUCUGACAAGAAACAAAAAUGAUGACAGAGACAUAGCGUUGCCUAUUGAUAUUGACUAUUUAUUUCAACAGAUUUCUUAGUCAUAUCUUGAGAUGACGACUUGUAUAUUACCUUUCCCACUUAGAAAAGGGAAACGGGUGUGCAAUUCACCUUUUUUUUUUUUUUUUUUUUGGUUGUAUGUAUUAGGUGGACAUCAUUUGUUGUACAGUUGAACUGAAAAAUGCUAACAAGAGAAGGAAACAGACGAAUAAGUGUAUCUGAUUAUUUGAACAUACCAGUAAUGUUAUGAAGCAGCUUAGCAAA